GUAACUUGGAUGAAAUUGACGACGAAACCUCUUGAUAACAAGAAUUUCGAAAAAGUCAGGAAGGCUUUUUGUGCCUGUCCUCAAAAGCCCAAAGCUCCUGAAAAGCCCAAAGAAGCUGAAAAGCCUAAAGAACCAGUGAAGCCUAACCCAGCACCAGCCGCUGCUCCGGGUUCUCAACCGAUGGUCUAUCCCGGUUAUGUCUAUCCUGGGUAUGUCUAUCCCGGGUACCCGGUCUCGAGUGUUGACUCUAAUGGGCCUCAGUACGCCUGGAACCAACAAAAUGGGUAUCGUGAAAGGCCCGUUUACGAUAGCUAUGGAGGUGGGCCACCACCGUCGUAUUACGGUGAAGAAGACUCCGUCUGCGCUAUAAUGUGA